UAUGGUUCGAGUUUCAAAUUUCAAGAUGGUAGUAACGUGAACUUUCAAGUUUUAUAGGUUAUGUUACGGAAUGAUGAUAUUACGAAUCCUUUGCUACGACAUCCAAAUAUAAAAAUGUUAUCGUAUUUUGGCUGUUUAGCUAUACGGAGUGAUUCAAUUGAUUAGAAUUUAAAAAUUAUGUCAUACGUCGGAAUGUAAAUUCUACCCUUUAACCGAUCGAUCGGUCUGCGAAAGCAAACUGUGGUUCCUAUAAGUUUAAGUACUUGUUUUCCGUACCUCGCAAAAAUGGAUGACCAAGCUUGCCCGAGAUGCAAAACUACCAAAUAUCGAAAUCCAUCAUUAAAAAUGAUGGUAAACGUUUGCGGUCAUACGUUGUGUGAAAGCUGCGUGGAUUUGUUAUUUCUGAAAGGUUCUGGAUCAUGUCCCGAAUGUAAAAUUCCUCUGAGAAGAGCGAAUUUCCGUGUACAAUUAUUCGAGGACCCUAUGGUAGAAAAGGAAGUAAACAUCAGGAAAAGAAUUCUUAGAGACUUCAACAAGAAGGAGGAGGACUUUGCAACGUUAAGAGAAUACAAUGAUUACUUAGAAGAAAUUGAGACAUUAAUAUAUAACUUGGCUAAUAAUAUUGAUGUAGUAGAAACAAAUAAGAAAAUAGAACAGUACAAAAGAGACAACAAAGAUCAAAUAACAAAGAGUAAAUCUAAGAUUGGUAGAAGCGAAUAUGAACUGGAAGAGAUGAUCGAGUUAGAGAAACAGAAAGAGGAAGAAAGAAGAUUGGAAAUUGCUAAAGAAGAAAUUGAAGCUAAAAAGAAAAAGAUCCGUGAAAAGGAAGCAUUAAUAGACGAGCUUACAUUUUCAGAAGGAAAUGCAAAGAGCAUUGUAGAGACAUUUGCCUCUGUCAUACAAGCAUCUAAGAAAGAACAGAAAGCAGCACCUGCUAAAGUCACUCAAUUUAGUACAGGAAUUAAAUUUAGUAAUCAGGGAGGUCAGAGUUACAUGCCCAUACCAAAGAUCGAAGAAGGUCCUCUGUAUUGUUACACUCCUAUUAGACAAGGGACAGAUGGCCCAACACCUCCUAGUUGGAGAGAAUUGCAAGCUCGUGGAUACGUUUCUCAUGUACGCGUUGAAUCCUCAGCAGAAAGGGCAGGUGGAUUUAAAGCACAUGUUGCAUGCUUAAGAGCAUUGCAAGAAUCCAUGGCUGGUUUAUAUCACAAUCCCUCACAGAGCCAAACAGAAUUCACAACUGUAUAAUUGUACAAACUGUUUUAAUACCAAGAAAACCAUAUCUCUAGUUUUAUAUAUAGGAUACGAUUAAUGAUCGUCUAAUUGUCGCAUACAAUCCAAAAUCUCUGAUAAAUCGUUACUCAAUAAGUAAUACAUGCCAAGUUAAUUACGUAUAUGUGAUAUAAUCAGAAGUUACAGGUAUAUGUGCCUUGUAUAUUUAUAUAAUUUAGUAUUAUAUAUUGUAUAUUAUGAUUAUAACAUGAACACUACAUGACUGUAGUACCUGUGCAUAGAUUAAGAAACAAUCACUUUUUUGUUUCCAUGCAAAAUAAAAUUCAUUUUGUUAAAAAUAA